AUGGUCGGCGGCGGCAACGAGUUCCGGUUCUUCUUGUCCUGCGACAUCAGCCACCCGCUCGCCUUCCGCGUUCUCCACGCAGAACAUAUCUUGUUGACCGACCAAAAAGUCCCAGAGCUCUUUGUUGAGUGCAAGCUAUACAUCAAUGGGAUACAAUUUGGGUUGCCUGUAAAAACAAGGUUGGAACCUUCAGGACCGAAAUACUGUUGGAAUGAGCUCAUAACACUAAGUACCAAAUACAGGGACCUAACGUCCCUCUCACAGCUUGCAUUUACGGUGUGGGAUGUCUCAUCUGGUGAGGACCCUGAGAUUGUUGGUGGAGCCACCAUAUUUCUUUUCAACAGCAAAAGGCAGCUUAAAACAGGAAGACAGAAGCUGCGGCUAUGGCCCAAAAAGGAGGCAGACGGAGGAGUCCCCACCACAACUCCUGGCAAGGUUCCUAGGAAUGAGAGGGGUGAGAUAGAGCGUUUGGAAAGGCUUGUUAACAAGUAUGAGAGAGGGCAGAUACAACAUGUUGAUUGGCUUGAUCGUCUUGCCUUCAGUGCUAUGGACAAAGCUAAGGAGAAAGAGUGUGAGAGGAAAGAAAAUUUGUACCCUAGCCUGGUUGUUGAACUGUGCAGUUUUGAACAUAGAAUUGUCUUCCAGGAAUCUGGAGCAAAUUUUUAUACACCGGCCCCAGUAUCGUUAUCCAACGAGCUGGUUACUGUAUGGGACCCAGAACUUGGACGAACCAAUCCAUCUGAGCACAAGCAGUUAAAGCUUGCUAGGAGCUUGACUCGUGGGAUAGUUGAUAGAGAUCUAAAACCAAGCUCAAAUGAGCGAAAGUUACUACAAACAAUUAUUAAGUUUCCUCCUACACGCACUUUGGAAGUGGAUGAGAAGCAGUUGGUGUGGAAGUUUCGUUUCUCUUUGAUGUCUGAGAAGAAAGCUCUAACAAAAUUCGUUCGCUCAGUGGAUUGGAGUGAUAACCAAGAAGCUAAGCAAGCUGUUGAGUUGAUUGGAAAGUGGGAAAUGAUUGAUGUGGCUGAUGCACUAGAGCUUCUCUCACCUGAUUUUGAAAGUGACGAAGUUCGCGGUUAUGCUGUCAGCGUACUUGAAAGGGCUGAUGAUGAAGAAUUACAGUGCUAUUUACUUCAGUUAGUGCAAGCUCUUCGGUUUGAAAGAUCUGACAAGUCCCGUCUAGCACUCUUUCUUGUAAACCGUGCUUUGUCAAACAUCGAAAUUGCUAGCUUCCUCCGGUGGUAUAUAUUAGUUGAGCUUCACAGUCAUGCAUAUGCAAGACAAUAUUAUGGCACAUAUGACAUGCUUGAAAAUAGUAUGAUGAAAUUGGUUGGUAGGGAGGAUGGGGAUGAAGAUGGGUUUCGACUGUGGCAGAGUUUAACCCGGCAGACUGACCUCACUGCGCAAUUGUGUUCUAUUAUGAAGGAUGUAAGAAAUGUAAGAGGUAGCGCACAAAAGAAAAUUGAAAAAUUAAGGCAGCUAUUAUCAGGAGUUUUCAGCGAGCUUACAAACUUUGAUGAGCCAAUUCGUUCACCAUUAGCCCCAACUCUUCUCCUAACAGGAGUUGUGCCUCAAGAAUCGUCUAUAUUUAAAAGCGCCUUGAACCCUUUGCGCCUGACAUUUAAAACAGCAAACGGGGUAACAUCCAAGAUUAUUUACAAAAAGGGAGAUGACCUCCGGCAAGAUCAGUUGGUUAUUCAAACGGUUUCUUUGAUGGACCGCUUACUCAAAUUAGAAAAUCUAGAUUUGCACCUUACUCCAUACCGAGUUCUUGCAACUGGACAAGAUGAAGGGAUGCUUGAAUUUAUUCCUUCCAGUUCUCUCGCACAGAUUCUAUCAGAACAUCGCAGUAUUACAAGUUACCUACAGAAGUUCCAUCCUGAUGAGGAUGGUCCUUUUGGUAUAACGGCUCAAUGUUUGGAGACAUUCAUAAAAAGCUGCGCCGGUUACUCUGUCAUUACAUAUAUAUUGGGGGUUGGAGACAGGCAUCUGGAUAAUCUUCUUCUAACUGAUGAUGGAUGCCUUUUUCAUGUUGACUUUGCUUUUAUCCUUGGUCGAGACCCAAAGCCAUUUCCACCACCGAUGAAACUUUGUAAAGAAAUGGUUGAGGCCAUGGGCGGUGCAGAAAGCCAAUAUUAUACAAGAUUCAAGUCCUACUGUUGCGAAGCAUACAACAUUCUAAGAAAGUCCAGCAGUCUCAUCUUGAAUCUAUUCAAGCUUAUGGAACGAUCAGGCAUUCCAGAUAUCUCUGUUGAUGAAAGCGGAGGUCUCAAGGUAAAUUGGUUAUUUACGAGCUCAGGAGCUUGUGAGCUCUACAAAGAGCAGUCAAAAACUCAAAGUGACAUGUUCCUCCUUGUUUGUGUGGUGCAUCGUCGAUCAGCUCCAGGAGAAAUUCCGGUUGGAUCUGGACGAUGA